AUGCUAUAUAAGGCCCAAAAUCCCAUAAACCAAUAAAUUCAAAUUCACUCACAGCUGUAACGUCACCUCUGAGUCUUUUGACUCUUCCAAGAGAAAAAUUAGAAAAGGAAAAACCACAAACCAGAGAAUACACAGAAAAUAUCUCCUUAUCUCUUUCAUAGCUCCUUGUCGUAUUCUUCCAGAUUUUGAACUCCAGCCAUGGCCGAGAAGACGGUGGCGAGGGCCGACAGCCAUAUUUCCGACGGUUCGCCUAAGAAACCACUCAUCGAUAAGCCCAAGAAAAACAUGUACGCUCUGCUAAUCUCAGUAAUGGCGUCGAUGACCUCCAUCCUUCUCGGAUAUGAUACCGGGGUUAUGAGUGGGGCGACGCUCUACAUCCAGCGGGACCUGAAGGUCACGGACGAGCAGAUCGAGAUUCUGGUGGGUACAAUCAACAUCUACUCGCUGCUGGGGUCCGCCAUAGCCGGCCGGACCUCCGAUUGGCUCGGCCGCCGGGUAACCAUCGUGAUUGCGUCGGUGAUAUUUUUUGCCGGGGCCGCUAUCAUGGGGUUUGCGAACAACUAUUGGGUGCUGAUGGGUGGCCGGUUCGUGGCGGGGCUUGGCGUUGGCUAUGCGCUGAUGAUUGCGCCGGUGUACGCCGCUGAGGUAGCUCCGGCUUCUUCCCGUGGCUUUCUCACCUCCUUCCCUGAGGUUUUCAUCAAUUUCGGAGUCCUCCUCGGUUACCUCUCAAACUACGUGUUCGCCAAGUUCCCCCUCAAGCUCGGCUGGCGCCUGAUGCUCGGCGUGGGCGCCAUCCCCGCCAUCUUCAUCGGUUUCGCCGUCUUAGUAAUGCCCGAGUCCCCACGCUGGCUGGUAAUGCAGGGCCGUCUAGCCGAAGCCCGACGCGUCCUUGAACGCACUUCCGACUCCGACGAGGAAGCCCACCUCCGCCUCUGCGACAUCAAAGAAGCCGCCGGCAUCUCCCAAGACUCGGACGACUUCGUCCCCGUCCUCCAACGCCAUGGCAGCGACAGCGGCCAGGGCGUGUGGCGCGAGCUCUUCCUCACCCCAACAAAACCCGUCCUCCACAUCACCAUCUGCGCCCUCGGCCUCCAAUUCUUCCAGCAGGCCAGCGGCAUCGACGCAGUCGUCAUGUACAGCCCUCGAAUCUACGCCAAGGCCGGCAUCACUAGCGACGACAAGCAGCUCCUCGCCACCAUAGCCGUCGGAGUCUGCAAGACCGUCUUCAUCCUCGUCACCACUUUCAUGGUCGACCGAAUCGGACGUCGAGUCCUCCUCCUCACGAGCUGCGGAGGACUCACGCUCUCGAUGCUGACGCUCGGUGUCGGCCUCACAGUUAUCGAGAGGUACGGAACGGAGAAUCUUGGAUGGGUCGUGAUUGUGUGCGUGCUGAUGACUUACACGUCGGUGGGAUUUUUCUCGAUGGGGAUGGGGCCGAUUGCGUGGGUUUACAGCUCGGAGAUUUUUCCGUUGAGGUUGAGGGCGCAAGGGUGUGGGGUUGGGGUGGCGCUUAAUCGGGCGACGAGUGGGGUGCUUCUCAUGUCGUUUAUAUCGCUUUACAAGGCGAUCACGAUUGGAGGGACUUUUUUUCUGUUUAGUGGGAUUGCGGCUGUGACGUGGGUGUUUUACUUUACGUUGCUGCCGGAGACGAGGGGGAGGACGCUGGAGGAUAUGGAGGUGUUGUUUGGGAGUUUCUUUAAAUGGAGGACGACGAUGAAGGAGCUGCGCAGGAAGNGGUGUGUUGAUGCACGGGUUCCAGUGUAUUCUUCACGCUGGAAUGAUGAUUUUUAUCUGUCUUGA